AUGGCGAAUGUUGCAUUGAUAGGAGCUACUGGGAUGGUGGGCAGUCACAUCCUCACUAGCCUUCUCGAAAAUCCCGCUGUAGCUCGGGUGGAUACAAUCUCCCGCCGCACUCCAUCCGCUGCUGCUGCGGCACCACAGACACAACUCACCACUUUCGUAUCUGAUGAUACAUCUCGUUGGGCUGCUCAACUCUCUUCUCUCACUCCAACUCCAUCCAUCUUCAUAUCCGCCUUUGGCACUACUCGGGCGGCUGCUGGUGGAUUCGAGAAUCAAUACAAGGUGGAGCAUGGUCUGAAUGUAGAAAUGGCUCGCGCAGCGCGCGAUGCCGGUACGAAAGUCUAUGUCCUGAUUUCGUCUGGCGGGGCUAAUAAGGCAUCGUCUUUCGCGUAUCCUCGUAUGAAAGGCGAGAUUGAAGAAGACGUGAAGGCCCUGGGGUUUGAGAGAACGGUGAUUUUGCGCCCUGGUCUGAUAUCCGGCCAACGGCAGGAGAGUCGACCAGCGGAAGCAGCAUUCCGGUUCAUUGCUGGCAUUGCCGGGAAAGUUCACUCGGGAUUGAAAGAUGGAUGGGCUCAAGAUGCAGACGUUAUUGCUCGAGCAGCGGUCAAUGCAGGUCUCAAAGCUCUGGACGGUGAUGUUCCUCCUGGUAGCGAGAAACUAUGGAUUUUGGGCGGCAGUGACAUCAUCAAAUACGGGGGAAAGAAAUAA